AUGGUGGAUUAUUACAAAGUCCUGGGACUGAAAAAAAAGUGCCUCACAGGAUGAUGUUAGAAAUCCUACCACAAACUGGCACUAAAACGGCAUCCUCAUAAGAAUCCCAACAACAAGGAGGAAGCUGAAGAGAAAUUCAAAGCUGUUGCUGAGGCAUACAAAGUUCUGUCCAACCCUCAGAAAUGAUUGCUCUAUGACAGGUCUGUUAAGAAGAGCAGAUCCCACAGAGCAGGAGGUACCACAGUGGAUGAUAAUGGCUUCUUUAACUCCCCCUGUGAAUUCCACGAUCUCAAUAGCUUUAAUGAAGCCUUUGUAGGGCUGAAUGUACACAAUUUCUGGGACCCUUUUGGCAACAUGAGAUACAAUGAUGAAAACUGGCACAGGAAAAGUGGAAGAGAAAGAAGGUCCAACCUGUCUUCUGAUUUUAUGGAGUCAUCUAUGCAAUGGAAUUCAUUCGGUCCCAGUGAGCAGCUCAAAUCCGCCUUUGCUGAGGACAGAGCUGGGCCACACUGUAGCAGACUGGUGUUAACCAUUACUAAAGUGGUCAAUGGCAAGAUGAUCACCACACGGAGACUCAUCAAGCAUGGGCAGGAGAGAACAGAAGUGGAAGAAGAUGGGAGGCUGAAGUCUGUGACCAUCAGAAAUCGUAAUGUCCCCCAGCACAAGCGUUAG